UCCUUCCCUUCCAGGCUUCCCUCCUUUCCUCAGGUGUGUCCUCCUUUCCCUCAGCUCUUCCCUCCUUCCCUCGAGGUUUCUUCCCUCCUCCCGGCUUUACCUGGCUUCCUUGCCUUCUUCCUCCUCCUGAGACGACGACGGAUGCCAAGGCGGGAGCCUGGGACUCCCAUCCUCUCGGCGCCUCAGGCUCCAACCGAGUGAAGGCUGAGAGGGAAGAAAGACGAAAGAAGGAAAAGAGAGAGAGAGAGAGAGUCCCCAGCCGCCGCCAAGGAGCAGCAUGAAGUCCGCGGAGGAAGAACAUUAUAACUACCCAUCUUCAAAUAUAAAUUCAAGUUUGCCUCUCAAUGUGGCACAUUCUUCAUUGUCAACUCCAUGCCAUGGCCUCCAGACAUCUAAUCCAGUCAUUUCAAUUGUUCCAUCAACUAAUCAUCCUUCAGGAUACGGAGGCCACACUGACAGUGGCACCGCUGGAUAUUAUCUGUCUCCAAAUGUCAGACCUAAUGGAGUGCCAGCAUUAGAAAGCCCUAGAAUUGAAAUAACAUCAUACUUGGGACUACAUCAUAACAACAACCAGUUUUUCCAUGAUGCUGAGGUGGAGGAACCUAUUCCAAAUGCAAAGAGAUCACCUUCCACAGCAACAUUGAACUUACCAAAUAUUGAGGCUUAUAGAGACCCAUCUUGUCUCAGCCCAGCAAGUAGCUUGUCUUCCAGAAGUUGCAAUUCAGAAGCCUCUUCCUAUGAAUCCAACUAUUCUUAUCCUUACACUUCACCUCAGACCUCUCCUUGGCAAUCACCUUGUGUAUCACCUAAGACCACAGAAACAGAGGAGAGGUACCAACGAAGUUUGGUAGCCUGCACGUUACUUAAUUCACCCAGACAUUCUCCUUCUGCAUCUCCCAGAACAAGCAUUACCGAGGAGAACUGGCUGAGCACUAGGAACUCAAGGCCAUCUUCACCCUGCAACAAGAGAAAAUACAGUCUGAAUGGAAGGCAGACAUCCUACUCACCGCACCAUUCUCCAACACCCUCGCCUCAGAAUUCUCCAAGGGUUAGUGUGACUGAUGAAACCUGGCUGGGAAACACUAACCAGUACACCAGUUCGGCCAUUGUAGCCGCUAUCAAUGCCCUCACCACUGACAGCACAAUAGACAUGAAUGAUGGGAUUCCUAUCAAGUCUAGGAAAACAGCACUAGAUCACACUCCGUCCAUGACACUCAAGACUGAACCAAGUGGUGAUGAUCAGGGGACCAUAUCACCAACAGCUGACUUGUCACCAGAAGAGUUUCCAGGGUUUCAACACAUCAGAAAAGGAAAUUUCUGUGAUCAGUAUCUCUCUGUGCCACAGCAUCCUUAUCAGUGGGCCAAAUCAAAGCCAUUGUCCCCAACAUCAUACAUGAGUCCAUCCUUGCCUGCUUUGGAUUGGCAGUUGCAAUCUCACUCAGGACCUUAUGAACUUAGAAUUGAAGUGCAGCCUAAGUCCCACCACAGAGCCCAUUACGAGACGGAAGGCAGUCGAGGGGCUGUCAAAGCUUCUGCUGGAGGACACCCAGUGGUACAGCUACACGGUUACUUAGAAAGUGAGCCACUCACACUACAGCUGUUCAUUGGGACUGCAGACGACCGCCUGCUGCGGCCUCAUGCCUUCUACCAGGUUCACCGGAUCACUGGGAAGACGGUUUCCACAACCAGCCAUGAAACAAUCCUCUCCAACACCAAAGUCUUGGAAAUUCCACUUCUUCCUGAGAACAACAUGAGAGCAAUCAUUGACUGUGCUGGAAUACUGAAGCUUAGAAAUUCAGACAUUGAGCUGAGGAAAGGAGAAACUGACAUUGGGAGAAAGAACACACGUGUUCGACUGGUCUUCCGUGUUCAUAUCCCCCAGCCUAAUGGGAGAACACUUUCUCUUCAAGUAGCCUCCAACCCAAUUGAGUGUUCUCAGAGAUCUGCUCAGGAACUGCCUUUGGUAGAGAAGCAAAGUGUUGACAGCUACCAUGUGAUGGGUGGAAAGAAAAUGAUACUGAGUGGGCACAACUUUCUUCAAGACUCCAAAGUCAUAUUUGUGGAGAAAGCUCCAGAUGGUCAUCAUGUGUGGGAAAUGGAAGCCAAAACUGACAGAGAGUUAUGUAAGCCAACUUCAUUGGUGAUUGAGAUCCCACCAUUUCGCAAUCAGAGAAUUACCAGUCCUGUACAAGUUAAUUUCUAUGUCUGCAAUGGAAAGAGAAAGAGAAGCCAGUACCAGCUUUUCACCUAUCUUCCUGCUAAUGUUCCAAUUAUAAAAACAGAACCCACUGACGACUAUGAGCCUGCUCAAACCUGUGGACCAAGGAACCAAGGAUUAAGCCCUCUUUCCAAACCAUAUUACAGCCAGCAGAUCAUGAUGCCUCCUGAUCCUGGCUCGUGCCUCGUGGCUGGCUUCACUUCCUGUCAGCAGAGAAACACUGUGAUGUCAUCGUCUCCCAGCUCAAGUCCUAAGCUGCAUGAUCUUUCCUCUCCUGCUUACAAGUGCAUCACCAACCCAGGCCACAACCAUCUAGGACUUCAGCAGACCGUUGGAGGUGUCCCCACCAUACAGGAAGUGCCAAGGUCUAUAGUUGUGCACCCAAGUUCUCCAGAUCAGUCAUCUCACAUCAUGCUGCAGCCGCAGGUGAGUCAACAUCUGAGCAGUAGCUGUUCCCUUGGUUACCAACAAACACUCUAUCCCAACAGUCCCUCUUCUCCAGUUCCAUCUGUAACCCAAGAGUCAACCUAUUUGCAGUCCUGCAGUCCAACUCAUUCAUCCAUAAUGGGUCAGCAGCAACUGCCGAACGUACAAAGAAUUGAAUCUCCAGCAAAUCAGCCAAUGUCGUUGCCCGAGUUGCAUGAGGACAAUAAUCAUAAUUUGGCCCCUAUUCCUGUAACGAUCAAGCGAGAACCUGAGGAAUUGGACCAGUUAUACUUGGAUGAUGUAAAUGAAAUAAUACGCAAUGACCUCUCCAGCACCAACGUCCAUUCAUAGCUGGCUGUCUUGAAAUCUAGUUUUAUGCUUAGCUGACACAAUGGCUUCUGAAAAGCAGAAGAUAAUUCCUGGUACUGCUCUGCUCAUCCGCUUCCUCGAAUGUUUGGAACAGACAAUUACCUCUCCUUUUAAUGCAUUUGUGCGUGCAAGUGUGCAUGCACUAUAUAUGAAUGAAACUGGCUGGUUUCAGCUAAGAAAACGCCUCUUCAUCUCAAGGAAAAUGGAGGAAAUGAAAUAUGAAUUGUGUGUUUCAUAGGUUGGCAUAAAAAAUGUACCUGGUUCAAAAGUUGAUUUCCCCCUCCUUUGGGCUCUACUGGACUACAACCCUGAAAGUGCCUUAUUUUGUUAGAGUGUGGCACCAGGACAUUUUAUUGACACCUUUGGAUUUGCUGCCACCCAGAAUAUUUCUGGGCAUAGAAGCUAUCUAGCAAAUCUAAGUAUUAAGAACUAUUUGAAAGUAAAAAGUGCAUCUCAGUUCCAGUUUCAGUUCAACUCCUCCCCCCUUGACCUCUGAUAUCAAGCUGCCUUAUUCCUAAUGCCUUUUUCUAAAAAAUAAAAUAAAAAUCAAUUAUCAUCAUCUCAUAUGGAUAUUUUUGAGCCUAUGACAUGACAUUGUUCAUGGGCUGUAGGACUGUUAAUUAUAGUAGCAUGUUAAUAUUUUGACAUAAAUCAGGGCUUCAGGUAUAGCACAAAACCGAACAGCAAAAAAAUAUUAAGGUUGAUGGACAAAAAUAUUACAAUCUUUUUGUCAAUUGAUUUAUGUGUAUGCAUGUUCAUACAAACUAUAAUAUAUGCAUAUAUGAGUAUUUAUACUUGGCAGAUAUACCUAGUUGCCUUGUAAAGGCUUUGGAUUUAGCAAUAAAUUUCUGCUUCUGAGAAUGCAGUCCAGACCUAGGCAAAUAUUCUUGCCAACUCUAUAUUGUGGGUUUGUUAUUUUAAGACAAUUAUGCAUUUUCUUUCCUCAUGCUGAUAAGCAAGCACUUUAGACAGUCAAGAAGGAUGCAUAUGAAAUAUGUAUUAAUUACCAAAUGACAAAAGGAUGAGUUAAAACAAUUGUAAAUACUGCUAGUGAAGAAUGUAAAAUAUUGUGCAAUUAUAAAAUUAUUAUUCCACUUAAGCCUUAUAGCUCUCUUCUCUGUGUACAACAAAUAUUACUAAAACCAAAUGUUUUAAUAUGCAAUGCUGUAUAGUAUGUUUUCAGAGUAGCUCCAUGUUUGUAGAGUACAUAUAGAAUAUAAGCAUGUCGUUAGUUUGCAACAUUGUAUUUUGUACAAUUAAUAAUGUUACCAAGUAGCUAGCAAUGGCAUUUUAUUUCAGAUUUUUAAAAGAAAGAAAGCAAGAAAGCAUGGCUUCAUUUUUAAAAACAUUUAACAUUAAUAUCGUGCCUUAGGAAAUAUGCGUGAACUAUGUCACUGUUAUUUAAGGUGGCAAUCAAGUGCAGUGUACAGUUAAUGCAAACUGAACGGGUUUCACAAAAAAGUGAAACAGUCCUAACCAUUUAGAAAUAUUAAUCUGUACAAUUAUGUCUUACUUCCUUUAAAACCCUCACACACAAAAAGCCAUAUUUAUAACAUUUGCACAUUACUGUGAAAAUAUAAGGAUGUAAUAUGGCUGAAUGUAAAUACUUGUGUCCCUGGUCCUUCUAAUUGGCCGAUUUUUCCCAACUAUUAAGCAACAGAUAUUUACCCUGUACUUAGCUUUGUAGACAUUGCAUGUAUAUCUUUGAAACUGCCAUAUUAUAUAAUAAAGCACAACUUUCAGCAGAAAGCUUACUUUUAGAGGGGUUCAUUGUUUCCCCACUCUUGGGUGGAAAGUUUCAUAAAGUGAUAAGCUUUUAUAAGCGAUACGUUGAAUAUAUGCUGUACAGUGCAAGCAAUUCCAUUUCAAGUAGCUUUCAGUCUGCUAAUAUAAUCAUUUUACAGUCCACCAAGAACUGCUUCAAUCUAACUGCCAUUCACAACAACAGGAAUGUGUACUAGAGUCACACUUGGUGGAUUGUACCAUAUUUUUGGAAGUAUCUUGCCAACAAGAAUUGCUUCUUCUUUCAUGUUUUCUGUGUUGAAAGGACAUAGGUGCCAAGACAGAAAUGGAGACCCAGUGUAAUUCUCAGAUGUUCAGUUCUCUCGCUUUUCCUGAAAUGUCAACAGAGUGCAAAUGGAGGAACCUCUGGAUAUGCCAGAGGAUUUUUGACUCUGUUACAGAAAUAUCUUGGGUGAGGCUCUGACCACACAAGCACCACUAUGUUUGCAUUUCAGCAAUAAGUUUAGCAAGAUAAUCACAUGUAUUGUUCCCAGUAUGUCACACCUCCUCCUUUGUUACUGUUCAUUUUUAUUUACACCUUUUAAGCUGUUUCGGAAUUUUGUUACAUUCAAGCCUAGCUCUUAAAAUACUAUGCAUCUCUUGUAUAUGUAUUCAUGAAUAAAACCUGUAUCAUGAACUCAGCUCUGAUAAGAAUUUUACAUUCAUUUUUAUGGUUUGUUUCUGUUUGUGGGUUUAAGGGAUAAACAUCCGACGGAGCAGAAUGAGGUGAGUAAAAGGUGAUGGGGCCUUGAAGUGGUAGAGUACAUGGCACUAUUGAAGAUGAAGAAACACACUUGUGAAUGCCCCUAUAGAAAGUUACUAUUUGGAUGGGAAAUUCUUUGGCCAUGCUGUAAACCAAAGAACUUAUUCCAAGCUCUGGGAAGGAGAGAAGAAAGAAAGAAAU